AUGGAUGAGAACCGUAAGGAUGAUAAAGAGUCUUGUUCAUUUAUUUAUAAUAUAAACAGCGAUAAUGAAAAAGAUGAAGAAAAAUAUUUUUCUGAGAGUAAUAAAUAUAGUGAUAUUGAAAAAAAUAAUAUAAUUAAUAACAAACUAGAAAAUAAUAUUGAUAAUGUUGAUGAUGUGAUUAAUGAUGAUGUUUUAAAAUAUUAUAACAUUGUAAAAAACAAUAAAAUAAAUGACCAGAUUUUACAACUUCAAAUUGAGAAUUUAUUAAAUUUUAAUAAGAAAAAUGAAACAUAUGAAGAAAAACAAAAAAGAGUUAUGUUAGGUUAUUUAAAUGAUGAUGAUAUUGAUUAUAUGUUAUAUGACCAGAGUGAAGAAGAAUUUCUUUGUCAUUUUAUAGAAGAUUUGAAUAAUUUUAAGAAUUUACAUUUAAUAGAAAAAGAUGAUUUAACUAUAAAAAAUGGUAUAAUAUAUUCUAUAAAUGAUGAAAAGAUAAUAUAUAAAGAAAGAAGAUUACCAGAUAUAAAUAAUAUGAAUAUAAAUAAUAUCUUAUAUUAUUAUUUUUAUUCUAAUCAAGAAUAUUUAAUGAAUAUAAAAAAUAGAAAUAUAUAUACAUAUGAUUCAUAUAUAUUUGAGAAUGAUCAAAUGAGUGAUUUUUCAGAAGAUGGAAAAUAUGAUUCUGAUAGUGACAGUGAGAGCACAAUAAGUGAUGAAGAUUUGUUAUUAUUGAGAUAUGAUGAUAAUUCUGAAUAUGAUGAAGAGGCAAGAAUGUAUAUGAAUAAGAAAAGGAGAAAAAAUAAAAGAGAUCGGAAAAAAUUCAAAGGAGGAAAAAGAAAUAAAAAGAAGAUGAGUUCUGUUGAAAAGAGAAGACACCAUGAUAAUAUUUACAACAAAAAAAAUAAUUAUAAUAAUAAUAAUUAUGAUAAUAAAAAUGAUGAUGAUAAAAAAAAUGAUGAUGAUGAUAAUAAUAAUAAUGAUGGUGAUGAAUAUAUAUCAAAUAAAUAUAAUGAUAAGCAAAAAAUUUAUAGUGAAAAAAAAAAACUUUUAAAAACAGCUGAACCAUCCAAAAUGAAUAAAGAUAUUGAAGCUAUGAUGAAUAAAGCUAAUAAUUGUUAUAUCAAUCAAAAUUUUAAUGAAUGUAUUAUUCUUUUAGAAAAGGUUAUAAAGAAAUCUCCAUGUUUACAUGACCCUUUUCAUUUAUUAGGAUUAAUAUAUGAGAGAGAAUAUAAAAACUUGAAGAAAGCUAUAAAUUAUUAUUUAAUAGCAGCUCAUUUAUCACAUGGUGAUUUUUUAUCAUGGUAUAAUAUUAUAGAAUUAUGUAAAAUUGAAAAAGAAUAUAAUGUAGUUAUAUAUUGUUUAUAUAAAGUAUUAAAAUUUUAUAAAAGGAAAAAAUAUAAAUGUAAAAAAAAUUCUAUUGAAUGUGAUGAUAAUUAUGAAUUCCAAGAUAAUCAAAAUUUUAUUAAUAAUAAUAUAAUGUUUGAUAAUAUAAUAUUUGAAAAUAAAGAAAUUAAUAACAACAACAACAGAAAUAAUAUUGUUGAUGAUAAUAAUAAAAAGAAUGAAUAUUCUUUAAAUAACCAAUUUGAUAAUUUUAUGAGACAUAUAUAUUUUAAUUUAGCCUUUACAUAUAUUUUGUUAGAAGAUUAUAAGAAUGCCUUAAAAAAUUUAUUCAUCUUGAAAAAUAAUAAUUAUUCUUCCUAUGAUCUUAUUAUAGAUAUAUAUAUAUGUAUAUGUUUAGUACAUAUAAAUAAUGCAAGUGAUUGUUAUAAUUUUUUAAAGAAUAUUUAUAUAUACAAUAUACUGAAAAGAAAAAAAAAAGAAGAAAAUUAUACAUAUUCAUAUCAAGAAAAAGUUCUUAUUUCUUUUUUAAUGCAAACACAAAUAUUAAAUAAUAAAUAUGAUGAAUGUAUUUUUAUAUAUAAAACAUUAACAAAACAAAAUUAUUAUGUACAUAUAGAUAUUUUUUUACAAUUUAUCAAGGCAGUUAUUAUGACAGGUCAUAUGGAAUCAUCCUAUUUAAUUAAAACCUAUUUUUUACAAAUAACAUUAGCAAGUUAUCAUCUAUUUGAAGACAUUAUAUAUUCUUUAGGUGAGACAUAUUAUUUAAAAAAUAUGUUUCAAGGAGCAAUAUAUUUUUAUUCACUCAUAUAUAAAAAAAAAAAACGUAUAUAUUUUGAAAAUAUUAUGAGUAUAAAAAAUGUGCAAAAAACAAACACAACAGAUAAUGAAAUAAAAGACAAUAUAAAUAAUAAAACAAAUGAAACUAAAAAAGAUUGUGUAGGUGUUAAUGUAAAUAAUAAUAUUCAUAAUUAUGAUGCAUAUGAAUGUGGAACAUAUUUGACAAGUACCUUAAAAAAUGAAGAUUCAACUAAACAUCAGAAUUUUUCUAAUAUUUAUUUAGAAAAUGAAGAAAUGAAUAAUAUGAUAUACGGGCAAGUAAAUAAUAUUAUAUGGUUCGAUAAUAAAAUUAAUUUUAUACAAGUAAUUUAUAAACUUGUAAAAAGUUAUUAUUAUAUAGAAAAUUAUAUAAAAGCAGAAAAAAUCAUUUUGAAAAUAUUAAAUAAUAAAUAUAUCGAAAAAAAUAAUAUUGAGAUAGAUUUAAAAACUUUAUAUAUUGAUAUAUUAUAUAAAUUAAAAAAAUAUAAUGAAUCAAUUAAUGUCUUAUUAAGUAUAAGAGAAAAAAAGUUAAGAUUUAUUUAUUCCAUUCCUAAGCCUUUAAAUAAUAAAGAAAGAGAAAUUUUGUUAUUCAAAAUUUUAAAUAAAAAAAAUAAAUUAUUAUUAUAUACACAACAUAAUAAUUAUAUAUUACAUAUAUUUUAUAUUUAUCAACAAAAUAAAAAUUAUAAUAGUACAUCAUAUCAAUAUGAUAAUUAUUUAUUAAAUAAAGAUAUUAAUGAUAUUAUUCAAAUUCAAAAAAAUAUAUGUUUUUGUUAUUUCUGUGUUAAAUAUAAUUUUGUACUAUUAAACUAUAUAUAUCUAUAUAAUAUCUUUAAUAUUUUAUAUAAUAAAAAAAUUAACUCUUCUUCAUUUAUUAAAAAUAAACAAAUUUUAUGUAACAUUUAUAAAUUCAGAACAUAUUUACAACAUCUUACCUCUUCUUUUUCUAUUCUUAAAAAGGGAAAAAAAGUUGUAUAUGCUUGGGAUAUUAUACAUGAAAAUUUUCAAUUGAUUGAAACGAAAUUAUUUUAUAAAGGUGUCAUGAUAAUAGAUAUCAAUAAUUUUAUAUAUAAUAAUAAUAAUAAGGAGAAGAAUAAUAAGAAGAAUAAUUAUGGUGAUGAUAAUUCUCAUGAUCAGAGUAAUGUUAAUUGUUAUUGUUAUGGUCACGUUCAUGCUCAUCAAAAUAAAAAUGAGAAUAAAAUAAAUGAGUAUAAAAAAAAACAACAUGCAGAAGAACCUUUUUCUUCUUCACAAAUAUUUUCAAAUGGAAGUCUUAUUAAUAAUAUUGAUGAUGAUCACCAUUUUAAUGAUAAAAACAAUAACAUAAUUAUAGAAGAAUUUUAUAAAAAUAUUUACAAAUAUAAAUGCAAUAUAGAGUCCGAAAUAUUAAACAGCAAAAUAAUAAUGAAAUUUUAUAAGUUCAGUUAUAACUUUUUUUAUUUAUUAUAUGAAAUGGAACGUGACUUCAAUAGAAUACAAACUUAUAUGGAAAAAGAAAAUUUAAACUUUCGAUCAAAAAAUAUUCAAAAGAAAAAUGAUGAAAUGAAUAACAACAUAAAUAAGGAAUAUGAUUAUCAUAAGAAGAAUGAGGAAGCAUCAAAUUAUGGAAAGAAAAUUUAUAUAGAUAAAAUAGAUGAGCAUGAUGAUGAUUAUUAUUAUGAAGACGAUUAUUUUAAUGAUAAACAAAAUGAUCAUUAUCAUUAUCAUCAUAAUGAUGAUAAUUAUAAUUAUAAUUAUAAACAUAUAAAUGUUCAUUUAGAAAAUAUUGAAAAAUCACUUAUAAACAGAACAAAUACUAAGAAUAUGCAAAGAUAUAGACGAAUUUCAUUUUUACUUACAAAAAAAAGAUUAAAUUUUUUUUCUUUUGAAAGUUAUUUAGGUUUAUAUUUUAGUUUAUUAUUUCUUGAGGAAUGCUUUUUUUUAAUAAGUAUUAUGAAUUUAUAUGAAGAUUCUAUACAUAUUUUAAGUGUAUAUUUAAGGAAUAGAAAAUCUAAUAAAAUGAAAUGUUUAACAUACUUUAAAUCUAUUAAAAAUGAAUUCAAAAAAUAUCAUAUUAAUAAUAAUUUACUUAACUUGAAUUUUUAUUUUUUUGAUAAUGUAUAUACAAAUAAUAUAAGAAACGAAAUAAAAAAUGAAUAUUGUAAUUUAAAACAUAUCAACAAAUAUAUUGAUUGUAAAUAUUAUAUUUUCAGAAUAAACCUAUUAUUAAAUAAAUUAUAUAUAUCAUCGGGGAAUUAUGAAAAACAAAUUAAAUGUCUAAACGAUAUCUAUAUAUUUAAUAAAAAAGAAAAAGAAGAGUAUAAAAUUUUAAAAUAUUAUAGUGAUAUAAUUUUAACGGGGAAAUUUUGUCAUGAUUUUUUAACAUCCAUAUCAAAAUCAAAAAAUAAAAACAUUUUAAUUAGUUUUAGACUUUUUCUUGUUAGGUCUAUACAUUAUAAAAAAUCUAAUCCCUUCUUAUUAUAUUUAAUAGGACACAUUUGUAACAUUUCUUGUAUGAUCACUAAUGCGGUUCAUGAAUUUACGAGAGCAUAUACUUUUCUAUUAAAAAAUAAGAGGCAAAAUAAAGAACAGUUGGAUAAUUUUAGGACCCACAGUGUAAAAUGGAUGAAGAGGAAUAAACAUGAAAUGGUAAAUGAUAUAGAUGAUGAUGGAAAUGAUGUUGAUGGAGAUGAUGAUGAUUUAGAUGAUGAUGAUGUAGAAGAUGAUGAUGUAGAUGAUGAUGAUGGAGGUGAUGACGAUGGAGGUGAUGGCAAUAUAGAUGAACAACAUGAUAGUGAUCAAUUUUUAUAUGAUUAUCCAUAUAAUAAAAAUAUGGAACAAAACAAACUUAUAACAGCUAGCCAAUUUGACGAUGCUAAUAGUUAUGAAAACAGUGACAAAGGAAACCAGGGCGAAUAUGAUGAUAAUGAAGAUAGAUUUCUUUUUGCUGAUUUAAAAUUAAGUAAUAAUAAUAACAAUAAUAACAAUAAUAAUAAUAAUAAAGAAAAAGAUCAAGAAUAUAUAAACAGUUUUGAGAAUAUAUGUGAUAAUAUUAAUUUUUUAUUUAGCUUAACUGUUUCAUAUUUUAAUUAUUCAAGUUGUUUUCGAGUUGAAAAUAGGGAAUCAGUUAUUAUGACUUCCUUUUGUUUAUUAAAUGAAUAUAUAUAUAAAAGAUAUGAACAGAAAAUAUUAAAUAAGAAGAAAAAAUAUAAAAAAUAUUCUCUUUUUUAUAAAAUCUAUAAAUAUAUAUAUUUAGCAGAAAUUUUAUAUAAUCUUGCUAGAGCCUUACAUCAUUUAUCUUAUUAUAAUGAAUGUAUGAAAUUAUACUUAUCUGUUAUUGAUUUGAUAAAAGCAGCUGAUAAAGAAAUUAUGUGGGUUAUAAAAAGAAAUAAUUUAAAUAUUAAUGAAAAAUUUAUAUAUAAUUAUGUUAUUAAUAUGAACAAAUGUAUGUGUUUUACAUGUUUAAACUUUAAUUUUAAGAAUAACAAAUCAUGUUAUAAUAAACUUAUAAAUUAUUUUCUUAAUUUAAAUACCAAAUAUUCUAAUUUUUAUCUCCUCUUUUUUGAUAAAAAACAUCUUCUUUUCUCAGCCUCUUAUAACUUGAGUGUUAUUUUUAGAAAAUUCAAUCGUUUUGAGCAAGCCAAAUAUAUAUUAAAUAAUAUCAUUUGGGAUUAA